AGGAGAGAGAAGUUAAAAAGAGAGAAGCCAUGCCCAUGCUGAAUGCGAAAGCGGAAUCCUAUCAACCGGUGAGUAUAAGAGUGAGAGAGGCCGUGCUGAACGAGCAUGCGCCACGUUUUGAACCGGUGAAUAGAAGCGGGAGAGAAGUCAUGCCGAGUGAACAUUCGGCGCCGCUUCAACCGGUAAACAGCGAUGAGCAUUCGUUGUUCCUUACCUUCUCAAACGGGUUUCCCCUGACGGAGAUGCAAAUCUUCGAUUUUUUUAACUGGCGUUACGGACCCGAGGUGGAGGGAGUGAUUAUUCCCAGGCCAAGGGGAGGAAGGGGGCCGCCCUUGCAUGGGCGAGUAGUGUUCAAGAAUCCUCUCAUACCCCGCAUGGUUAUGAGAGACCGUGAAAAGGUUUGCUUUUCUAUCGAUGGGCGCCCUGUUUACGCCAAAAGGUUCUUCAGCAAGAAGGUGCAUACCGGAGCCACUGCGAGUACCAGCCUCCGUGAUGGUGGUAGCCACCCCGGUGGCGAUGAGUGAUCUGGGCUUGGAACUUGGUGAACGGUUAAUUUUAAAACCCUUUUGUUGCAUCUAUCAUUGGGUUUUUAAUUGAACCGAGUAUGUUUCUGGGAUAAACCCUUUUUAUGUUUCAGCUUAAUAAAAAAGAGUGAACGUUCGAUUGUGUGA